UCAGUGUCUGAUGACGAAUUUCCCCACGAAUCAUUAUCACUCAAUUCUGCAAGUGGUUCUGAUUUACUAUCGCUGUUCUCUAGCUGGUCUAAAACCGAUUUUGACCUAAAGGGACGCUUUUUGGACACCAUGGACAUUUCUCAGUUUCCGGGCAGAAAGAACAGUAAAAAUGCAGGCAGGCCACAGGACAAAGCAUUAGGGACAAAAUGUAUGUGAAAUGGUUUGAUACAAUAAUGUUUUACUAUGUGAUUUUAGUGAAUUGAAUGUCACUUUUUGUAAUUUUCAAAUUUCCCGCCAGUUCCAGCCCCGGUACGUCCCGAUGUCGAAGGGGACAGAACCCAGAAGACAGAUGCAGGCAUCCGCCGGAGGACAUUACAGGGGACACUGCAGGAGGGACA